AUGUCGAAGAUGAAUGAAUUGCGAGAUCGUCUCAAGGAGCAAGAGACUUAUUACGGGCUGGCAUGUUUACAGCUUACAGUCUUAAAUCAGCGAUUCGAACAACUGGCAAAGCGUUACGAUCGUGCAGACAAACUGGGUCAGAAGUCGUUUCGCUACUCGCUCAGAAUGAAAAUGGCCAUUUUGGAGGGUGUUCGAAAUAUGUUCUAUGAAUUCGCAACUUUGAAAGCGUGUGACGUGAAUAAACUGCGUCAAGAAAUCUUAAUCGAACACGCUUUCUUAGAAAACAACGGAGAAUACACCGAUUCUUCUCCACUUUACGGUCGCUAUGGGAACCCACUCUUUCUUCUUGCUGGCGAUGAUGAUGAUGACGAUGAAGAUGCUGACGAUGAAGUCGACGAGGAUGAGGAAUUAUACGGGACUGACACGGAGAGUGAAGAAGAGUUGUAAAACAAACGUGGCAAAAAAGU